AUGGACUUAAAUUAUGCUACUGACCAUGUCAAGUCAUCAUGGAUCUGCAUUGCUGGGUUAUCGAAUGAACUUACCGAGGGCGACAUCAUCACCGUUUUCUCUCAAUUUGGUGAAGUGGUGAACAUCAAUUUGCUUCGACAAAAACAAACAGGAAGAUCACGAGGAAUAUGCUUUCUUUGCUAUCAAGACUUGGCCAGCACCAUUUUAGCGGUCGAUAACUUCAAUGGCAUUACGUUACUUCGACGAAAACUGAAAGUGAACUAUGUGGACAACUACAAGUUGCCAAAGUAUCGUGAAGAUGCCGAUGAGGGUUUGAAGCAACUUUUAGAAGAAGGUUGUGCGCCGAAGCCUAUCUCUUUGCACACAACCAAAAAACAUAAGAAGAACCCUCCUCUCAAAGAAAACGACGUGCUCAAAAGUAUGAAAUUCAAUCCAUUAGCGAGAUUUCCAACGGUCAAGGCGGCUUGGCGUGAUUUCGAGAUUUGGGAAGAUACGCAGAAGCGAAAGAGUGCUACUUCUAUCAGAAUGAUUCCUACAUGUGACUUCGUCCAUGUUCCGAAGCGUUAUCUACGUUGA